CACACACACACACACACAUUGGAAAUACACCAGGGGAAAGGGCAAAACUGCCCCUAAGAAAUAUAAUGUUGCCCUGAUGUCACCAGGAGAGGCAACACAUCCCCAGAAUUUCCUCUAAUAAUUAUGAUAAUUUAUUAACGUUUUAUUUCUGUUCUUUGUUGUGUGUCUUAUCUGUGUUGCCUGUACCAAGGUACACAAAAAGUAAUAAUAAUUUUGAAUUAUAAUACAACUAAGAAAUAAGUUAGAAUUGUUCAUAGUUGUUUCAAAAAAUGUAUAAAAAGAAAUAGACAUAAAGAAAUAAGAAUAAAAUGGAAUACUUUAGUGUGUGUGUGUGUGUGUAUAGGGAUGGGUAUCGUUUUUUCUUUCUUUCCGAUACCGGUGCUAAACCGGUACUUUUAAAACGAUCCCGGUGCCUAAACGGUGCCUGAACCGAUACUUUUUUUUAAAACGCACAAUGAGGACAUUAAAAACCUCUUUGGCCAUAUUCCCUGUAGAAGCCGUUAUCAUGGAGCACGACAACAACGGAUAUCAGACUGUUAACAGACACAAUGUUCUCCAUUAUAUGUGAUAUGUAUCGUCAUGUGCAGACCUUAUAGGGUUAACCCUGUCACUGUGUUGAUGGGCAAAGAGAACAACCAAUCAGAGGGACUGAAGAUGACACGUGACAAAUACAGUUUUGCUUCUGACAGCGAGAGUUACACUGAAACAAAGUGACGCCCCACGGUCUUUAUUCCUCCGUCAUUAUAUUCCCGGUAACACCGGGUAUACAGCCGGGACCGCUGGACAUCAACACAUCUGCUAGCAGACUGUCACGCUCGUAGCUCGUAGCUAGCGCUAGCUACGAGCUAGCUUAAACAUGGUUAUAAUGGCUAAUUUAUUAUUUCUUGGGCUACUUUUAUGAAUGCAAGACUUGCAAUCAACGUUUCGGUACUAAUCUGAGUUCCGGCUGCUCGUCAUCAUCGGUCUCCCCGUGUUCAGGGGACCGGUGACGUCUCCCCGUCGGCCCAGCCUGACGCUGCUGUGCUCCACACGGCUCACAGUCACACAGGCCACGCCUCCUCUCAGAGUUACAUAUGAGAGGCUCGUAACCUGCUGACAGGGCGGAGUCACCACAGAAGUUCACAACAAUAGUUUUUUUCAAUUUCAAUUGGCUCAGGCACCGGAAAGAAGCACCGGAAUGUGCGUUGCGUUUCGGUCCGGGUAAUACCGGUUGUAUUGGAACCGGUACAACAUUGGCACCGGUUCCCGGUACCCAACACUAUGUACCAGACGAUCCUCCUCUGAGGUAGAAGGGUUGUUGUUGCCUUUUUGAGAGUGUGUCGCAUGAUGGGUAAAUAAAACAUCAUAUUCAUCCCUGUGUUUUGAGUAGUUAUGAUCACCUGAGACUCAUCCAGUCAUUCCCCUCUCCUCAGUGUUUCCUCUGAUGCUACGGCAGCCCAGAGCGGACACACUCGUCUACACCUGACACACAAGAGGCGUUCUGCAUUUUCAUAAUCAACGGGCAGAAGCACCAGAGGCGUUCCUCUUCUGGUGGAACGGAUGGCGUAGCCUCGAGUCUGUUUACCUGAGUUUCCGGCGCCGAGGUGGGCGAGCGAUGGCGCCCCCGACCGCGAGUCCCCCCGCCGCGCCCCCGCCGGACGGCGGCUGGGGCUGGGCCGUGGUGCUGGCCUCCUUCAUCUCCAUCGGCUUCUCGUACGCCUUCCCCAAGGCCAUCACCGUCUUCUUCAAGGACAUCCAGAUCAUCUUCGGGGCGUCCUACAGCCAGGUGGCGUGGCUCUCCUCCAUCAUGCUGGCCGUCAUGUACGCUGCGGGGCCCAUCAGCAGCAUCCUGGUCAACACGUACGGCUGCCGGCCCGUCGUCAUGAUGGGCGGCUGCCUGUCGGCCACCGGCAUGAUCCUCGCCUCCUUCUCCAACACCGUGGUGCAGCUCUACGUCUGCAUCGGAGUUAUCGGCGGACUUGGACUGGCCUUCAACCUGCAGCCAGCGCUGACGAUGAUCGGCCGAUACUUCUGCAAGAAGCGCCCCAUUGCUAACGGCCUGGCGAUGGCCGGCAGUCCGGUGUUCCUCAGCACCCUGGCGCCGCUCAACCAGUACCUCUUCAACCAGUUUGGCUGGAGAGGCAGCUUCCUCAUCCUGGGAGGCCUGCUAUUGAACUGCUGUGUGGCCGGGUCCCUCAUGAGGCCCCUCAUGAGGCCCCUGAGACCGCCGCCGGGCAAGAAGGAUGAGGAGGUGGCCGUCAUUGCCACCACGACCAAAGAGAAGCAGACGGCCUGGCAAACGUUCAACAAGUACCUGGACCUGUCGCUCUUCAAGCAUCGCGGCUUCCUCAUUUACCUGUCGGGCAACGUCAUCAUGUUCCUGGGCUUCUUUGCACCCAUCGUCUUCCUCACGGCCUUCGCUAAGGACAUGGGCGUGGACGAGUACUCGGCUGCCUUCCUGCUCUCCAUUCUGGCUUUUGUUGACAUGGUUGCGAGGCCCUCCAUGGGGCUCUUGGCCAACUCGCGCUGGGUCCGGCCCAGGAUCCAGUACUUCUUCAGCUUUGCCGUGCUGUACAAUGGAGUGUGCCACAUGCUUUGCCCCCUGGUGGAAAACUACACCGGUCUGGUGGUGUACGCCAUGUUCUUCGGCUUUGCGUUUGGCAUGGUCAGCUCGGUGCUGUUUGAAACGCUGAUGGACAUUGUUGGGCCUCAGAGGUUCUCCAGCGCUGUGGGACUCACCACCAUCGUAGAGUGCUGCCCGGUCCUCCUCGGUCCACCUCUUGCAGGGAAACUGGUCGAUAUCACAAAAAACUACAAGUCCAUGUAUUUUUGCUGUGGGGCCAUCGUGAUUUUGGCCAGUAUUUGGCUCUUCAUCGGGAACUUCAUCAACUACAGACUCUUGGAGCGUGAGCGCAAGUGUGCCGAGCUGUACAAACGGACUGGAACAGAAGAUCCCGACGGUGUCGUGGAUCCGAAGGAGGCUGACGGGGAAGCCGAGGCGUCGGAGGAGCUGGUCGGCAAAAGUGAGAACGUCGACGAAGCCACGCAGCGGGAAACCAACAUCUAGAUCCCUCUGCUCCGCCGACCGCUCCCCCUCCCCCCCCGAGACAACCCCGCAACACCAUCACGAUCAAACCGAGCUGCAAGCCAAGAGGGGCCUCUCGGUGUUCCACAAGGCUCUAUUCGGGGUCCCCUGCCCUUCUGUGGAAACUUAACUGCCAAAGCAAACACUGGAGGACGAUCUGUUUGUCAAAGAGCAAAAGUAUAAGAUAUUGCAUGCAUAUGAGGAGACAAAAAGUCUCUUCAGAAGAAGAAACUGAAAGGGAAACCGCGUAGCACUAACUGUAUUGUGUUUUAUUGCCACGUUCACCUCAUAGCGGAUUUACUGUGACUACAAGACUGCAAUGGGGUGUGGGGGGAGGGGGGGGGUACAUUCACAUCAGACAAAUAGUCUCCGUAACAAUCAGGCUGUUGGUUUUUUAGUUUAUGUAGAAACUAAACAAAAUGGUGCCAACUGAGAGCUAGCAUAGCAGCAGAUCCACAGAUGCUGCAGAUCAUUAGUUGCAGAUGCAGAGCAUCAAAAAUGUGUUAAAUUCACAGAAAGAAAAAUCAACAGUGCUAAAAGAAGAAUACUAAAAAAGAGUUUUAUAUAUAUUCCAGUUGUUUAUUAGUUUGUUUCCGUACGUCUCGACAAGUUCAAUAUUCCAUGCGGUAGCAACAAACAUUCCUUUCUUUCUGCUGCGUCUCCCGAUGUGAUUUGAUAUGAUCGGCGUGUCGCCGCGGUUCCAACCGCACCAGCAGACUGAAUAGUCUUUCUAUAACACACCAAAUGUUGGGUAAUCAAGGAACGGUUAAAUGAACAAGAGGAAGCAGGGAACUGAUCCUGAAGGUUAGAAGGACUUCGCUCAACGGCUCGGAAGCGGCAGCAGGUUUCUGUUCUCGCUGAAGUUCUCACUGAUCUGAGCUUUCAAACCACGGGUAAUGGGGUCCGUGAGCAUUUAGUGACAAAUUGUGGACAGUUGUAUAGGAUCUGAAUGUCCGGUCGUCUUUCACAUCAAAGUUGCUGCACCUGCCAAUGGGAAUCAAACGUCACGAUUUCCGGCGAACGUUCGCAAAAUCACACCUGCCUGCAUGGUUAUCAGGUGUUGACCCUCCAAAGUUAUAUUUCCCCUCGGUCGGUCGGCUCCGUGACGUGAAAGACCCCCGCGGACUUGUCGACGGCGUUGCCCGCAGUGUGACUGCGGCGUUGGCGAUCCCAGUGCGCCCGGACAUGGCGGAUCCAUCUGGUGAUGUGUGUCAAGCGAGAACUCAAUACGUCCGAAUUGCACUGUGUUUUAAAAUGGCAUUUGGGUGCCAUAAAAUUCCAUACUUCUAAAAAUACCGAACAGAUGUGAUCACAGCUGGCACCGCUGCCCGCCGCCGCACCGCGACGUGGCGUCGUAAAACCUGCGCAAAUGUCCAACUUUAAUGCUUUCGAUCAAGUCAUUAAAUGCUUCCUGUGCGUCGCCGAGCGUCCCGGUCAGACCCGACGACGGCGUGCCGAGGAGAAACGGCCCCAAACCGCAUUUUAGAAAAAAACGCUGCAAUUAAAUGAGUUUAAUUAUGGUUGAAUGUAAUUUCCUCUGUGGGCCUUAACAAGGUAUUAAUGACCAAAAACCAUCUGCGCAAUAGUGGCAUUUCUACACACACACACACACAGAGCCCAUGAGCAAUAUCAUUUCUCGUAUUUGAAUGCCGAUGUGCAGGGAAACGUGUUUCUUGCACUGCUUUACAUGUGAUGUGGAGGGGAGUUGUUCCGUGAAUAGUAUUCUACGCAGCUGAUACAGCUUCGUGUUCAGUGGGACCCACGUAUUCUCUAAAAGUAGAAAGUUUGUCUCCCAACAUGUCCGUCCGUCUAAAUGUUGAAGCUACGAGGUUUCCGUAAUGUCCUGUAACUAAUUCACUAACGGCAGUACUUAAUGCGUUUCAUUACUACUGAUGCUACGAACCACCCGAUGCCAGUGAAGCUGUGUUUUUAAUCGUUUCGUGAACAAGUGAAGAUUUCACGAACAACCAUUGAACUGUAUCUGUGACCGUCAGCGUUGUGCAAUACUCUGUCCAUUCCAGGUGUUUCGUAGAGGUCGCCCCGUUGACCUCAUGGUCCCCGCUGACCCAUAACAGAGCCAACACACUUAAAUAACAAAGGUCAUUUAUAGAAACGUCAUCAUGAACAUCAAAAAUAGAACAAUGCAAUUGUCCCUUUACCGAGGUUUGAAUAUAUGAAAGUGAAUUGUGAAUAAUGGAACUCGACGUCCAGCUGUGGCAGCGGCUCUCUGUGGCAACCGAGCGCUUUGUCACUGUGAAAACCCCUCUGGUUUAUUAUGGUUUAUGCUCGUUAUUGCUGGUGUAUACUGGUUAAUAAUGGUUAAUUUAAUGCUGGUUUAUGCUGGUUAAUGCUGGUUUAUGCUAGUUUAUACUGGUUAAUUUAAUGCUUGUUUAUGCUGGUUAAUGCUAGUUAAUGCUGCUUUAUGUUAGUUAAUGCUAGUUAAUUUAAUGCUGGUUAAUUUAAUGCUGGUUUAUGCUAAUUUAUGCUGGAAAUGCUAGCUAAUGCUGGUAAAUGCUAGUUAAUGCUAGUUAAUUCUGAUGUAUGUUGGUUAAUGCGAGUUAAUGCUGGUUGAUGCUGGUUAAUGCUGGUUAAUAAUAGUUAAUGCUAGUAAGUGCUAGUUUAUGCUGAUAAAGCUAGUUAAUGCUGGUUAAUGCUGGUUACUACUAGUUAAUGCUAGUUUAUGCUGAUAAAGCUAGUUAAUGCUGGUUAAUGCUAUUUAAUGCUGGUUAAUACUAGUUAAUGCUAGUUUAUGCUGAUAAAGCUAGUUAAUGCUGGUUAAUGCUGGUUACUACUAGUUAAUGCUAGUUUAUGCUGAUAAAGCUAGUUAAUGCUGGUUAAUGCUAGUUAAUGCUGGUUAAUGCUGGUUAAUACUAGUUAAUGCUAGUUUAUGCUGAUAAAGCUAGUUAAUGCUGGUUAAUGCUAAUUAAUGCUGGUUAAUGCUGGUUAAUGCUAGUUAUUAUUAGUACAUGCUAGUUAAUGCUGGUUAAUGCUGGUUAAUACUAGUUAAUGCUAGUUUAUGCUGAUAAAGCUAGUUAAUGCUGGUUAAUGCUAGUUCAUGUUUGGGUUUGGCUGGAUGCGUUCUGAGGGUGGAACGUUGUCCAGAUUAUUUUUCAGGACGUUUAUUAAAAUAAAAGAUUCUUUCUGAGGGAUUUGCACUCUUUCCGUCUGGAGAUGAGCUCGUCUUGAUUUCUACUGUGUCCGCUACUCUGAUUCAUUCUCCCACAAUGCACCAGCGUCUCAUGCCGAUAUCAGCCUGUCUGUCCCUUCCUUCGAGCUCAACGACCAACAUGGGAACCUCGUGAGUGUUAACUCCUCCCUCGGUGGAUGCGCCCGUCCCUUGGCCGAGCUUUGGGGACUCGUUGCUCUGGAGGGAGACGCACUGCUGAACAAUCACUUCCUACCAACACCGCCCCCUGCUGGCGGCGAGCUUCCCUUUCCCACUCGUGUUUUAUGACGCCUGAACAAGGUUUCAGCUUCAUGGAGCGUCAGGAGUCGAUGUGAUUAUAGUUGAUUGGUGUUUAUCUGCUCAGUAUUCAAACAGAACAACACAACCUUGUCAUGGUUUGAUGAAACUAAGGAGAAUACCAUCCAGUUCCCAGAUCACUCCCCCCUUAAGUAGACCUCAUUUUAAUCUCUGUAAUAUGCGGUUCCCAUGACGACGACACGAUGCGAAGGAAUCAACAAACACCAGUUGUGUACAACGUUGAUGUUUUAUGUGAAGUACUUGAGGCUGUAAUCCCGUGAGGUACAUGAAACAUGUGAGAGGGGCUCAUGUUUGAUUUGAGGAGCACUGACAACCUGAAGCCGAUGGUGUUCCCUUCACUGGACGUCUGUUCCAACUCAAGCAAGAUGCGCUCAUUUAAUCCAAAUGGAGAUGAUUGAUUUGUUCGACACGCACCGAGAGCCUUAUGAAUUAUUAUAGCAUAGCAGCUUGUAUUUGUUACGUGUGGAAACAAGAGGUUUAUUUAGAAUACGACAUACUUUCAAGCCUGUUGGGUUAUUUUCGUACACAGAGGACAUAUUUAAAUGUUCACUUUAAGAAAAGCUGUUUGAUGAAGUAUAUAUAGUUCUGUUGUCUCCUGAUGUGAGGGAGCGAUGUGCACAUCGUGUCACGGCUUCACGGCCUCCUGUCGGGUCGCACAGCGAUCAUCUGAGCCUCAUUGGAAAAGGGGCGGAGUCGAGGAGCAGGAGCGUUUUAUUAUAUUAUGGGCUCCGGAUUUCUGGAUCGUUACGAAACCGGAUAUUUCUUUUUUUAUUUCGGAUUUUGAAAUCAGGAAUUUCCACAUUCAAAACUCCACUUGGAAAACAUCAGAUUGUUUCUUCUUCUUCUUAAGCUGAUCUCUGCCGCUGAGCCGGUGGGACCAGAGCGAAUUAUAAGAAUGUUUCACCGGUCACUCAAUGAAAAUAAAGAAUAUAUAUGUCCAAAUAAG